GAUAAGAGGCGUGCUCAUUCUUCAUGUUUAUUUUUUGGCAUCCAUAUCCGUUCCUCAAUCUAAUCGAUUUGAAACAUUUAUUUGAAACGGUUCUUUACAAAACUCUGCCAGCCUUUAUAAGUAGAAGCUGUACAUCUCCGCUCCCAUUUCAACAAAAUGCAGGCCAAUGUUACCUCCAACGUAAUUUUACCAGACGCGAAGGACCUAGGGAGAGCGCUGUGCAUCAUCACCGGGGCGUCCAAAGGAUUUGGCCGAACCAUAGCGAAAGAGAUUUCACUGUUGCUCAAACCGAGGUCGGUGCUUGUUUUGGCGGCUCGUUCCGAUGAGAAAUUACGGGAACUCCAGGAAAAUUUGGCUUCGUCGGAUGCGGGCAGGGCAGGGUUGGUAACUCGUUGUGUUGUCGUAGACCUGGGAAUGAAAGAAGGGGUGGAAAGUGUCGUCAGGGCGGCGAAAGAGUUUUCCUCCGAGGAUAUUGACCAUUUUAUACUGAUAAACAAUGCUGCCUCUCUGGGAGACGUGUCGCGCUAUGCCCAGAGUUUCACCAACAUGGACGAGGUGGACUCCUACCUGUCACUCAACGUAAGCUCCGCCCUCAGCCUGACAGCCGGCCUGCUGCAGGUGUUUCCACGACGACAGGGGCUGCGGCGCUGUGUUGUCAACGUGAGCUCGCUGUGUGCUCUGCAGCCCCUCCCCUCCUGGGUGCUGUACUGCACAGGCAAGGCAGCCCGAGCAAUGAUGUUCCGUGUGCUGGCAGAGGAGGAGUCGGACCUCCGCGUACUCAACUAUUCCCCAGGUCCCCUGGAGACAGACAUGCUGGUGGAGGCCAGGGACUGCACUGCAGACCCAGGCGUGAGGAAGUCCUUCUCAGUCAUGCUCUCCCAGGGUCAGAUACUCACCUGUGAAGACUCCUGUGCUAAGCUAAUGAAGGUGCUGCUGGAGGAUGACUACCCCUCCGGAGCACACCUUGAUUUCUAUGAUCUGUAGGGAGAGGGGGGGGGACUAGAAGACACAGUGGGGCUCAGACUGGAGAUGAAUAUUUCUGGUGUAGGUACAAUUUUUAUAGCCAGAACAACUGGUACUGGUUCAGAUUAGUUAGUUUGCUUCAAAGAUGGUUUUGGGUUAAUAAGAUCUGAUUCUAAACUGGUUUUUGUGGUGGUAAGGAUUAAGUGAACCUUUUACCGAAUCAGAAGGAAACAUGGAGAGAAGGAAGGUUGAAGAUGUUUCCGUCAUCCAAAGCCAUAGGCCUACUGAAGUUACUGAAAAUAAUUGCUUUCUUCCUGUCUGCACUUUUAUGAAUGCCUUUGCUUUUUAAGAGUUGUAGCACUCUACUUGUGGCAUUUCAUGGAGGUAUUGCAUAUGUUUCAGUGUUGUGGUGAAAUCCUGCAGAGCCUUCACCGUGCGCUACCACUUUAACUUCUUCAUGAUUGGUGGGUUCCCUGUGGGACGGUUGAGGUAAUGUAGACUAAUGCGAUUAGCAUGAGGUUGUAAUUAACAAGAACAUUUCCCAGGACAUAGACAUAUCUGAUAUUGGCAGAAAGCUUACAUUGUUAAUUUAACUGCACUGUCCAGUUUACAUCAGCUAUUACAGUGAAAGAAUACCAUACGAUUGUUUGAGGAGAGUGUAGUUUUGAACAUGAAACGUUAUUAAUAAACAAAUUAGGCACAUUUGGGCAGUCUUGAAACCAUUUAUUUUUCAAAACUCUAAUGGUUCAUUGGAUCAGUCUAAAACUUUGCACAUACAUAGCUGCCAUCUUAGUGGCCAAAAUCAAAAUUGCACCUGGGCUUUAAUAAUACAAUAUGGCCUUUCUCUUGCAUUUCAAAUAUGGUACCAACAUUUUUUUUUGCUGUAUUAUCUUUUACCAGAUCUAAUGUGUUGUUCUCCUACAUUCCUUUCACAUUUCCACAAACUUCAAAGUGUUUACUUUCAAAUGGUACCAAGAAAAUGCAUUUCCUUGCUUCAGGGCCUGAGCUACAGGCAGUUCGAUUUGGGUAUGUCAUUUUAGGCGUAAGUUGAAAAAAAGAGGUCCGAUCCUUAAGAGGUUUUAAGAGCGCACCAGCUAUCAAGAAGGAGGAAGUAAAUGUUUGUGUGUGAGAGCUCUCGGUUGGCGCGACAGACAAACCAACGGUGUAUUGGACAGACAGGCAGACGAGUGCAACUCCAAGCCGGAAGUUAACAGCCAAGACCAUUAUGUCUCUGUCGCUCUCUCUGUCUGUCGCUCUCCAGUGCUUUAUGCUGGAGCGGACUUUUUAGUGUUCAGUGUGGUUGGGAACUGUAAAUGCGCUGUUGACAUUUUCGUUAAAUGGAGUGUGCGUUUGAGUACUGUAUAUUGCUUAUAAUUGUUGUAUUCUCAUGUAACUGUAUGGAUUGAUUUGUGUAUUGGCUUAAAAUACUUUGGGGACAUUU